AUGGCGCUUGAAAGUGCCAACAAAGUAAUGCUGUCCAAACUGAACCUACAAAUUGAGCAACUGGAUUGUAAGCAAUUGAUGAGAUACAAAAAUGUAAAAAAUGUCAUCAUGCUGAAAGAGAAGGAAGAAGUCUUAUCAUAUCUAAAUAGCUACCUUCUUCGUAACAACAAGGCCAAAUACUACAUCUUAAGUGUCCUCAUGUUUCGCAUUGUCUCGAGGAUGAGUAGCUAUCAAGUGAAGGAGUUAAUAUAUGUCUUACACGCCUACAAGGAAAAUAACUUUCUGACCCCCUUCCUAAUGGUACACAUUAUGAUCAGACUGAGUAGCGAGGGAACAUCCCCCAAAAUGACACUAAAUGAAUUUCUCCUCCUUGUGGACACCUUGACAGUACCGCUAAUAAUGCCAAAUUGCUUCGAAGAAAUGAUCCAGCAGUUCAUUUGCAAAAAUGUGGAAGCGUUUAAAUGUAGUGACUACUUUGCCGUUGCAUAUUUUCUGGCGAGGAACAAUUUACGCAACGAAUCUGUUUUCAAUUUCAUCGCCGAGUUUUACAGAAAUGUGGCAAGUGCAGAGAAGUUGCAAAAGGAGGAACGUAAUCACUUUGCUCAUUACGAAGGUGCGUUCAACAAGGGAGAAGCCAAGAGGGGACUAAGCACAAUGGAUACGUUCCUACCAAAUGGGAAGUUAACCCAUUUAGGAAAAGACAUCCAUAAGCAUAUUUUUAUUUUAUCAAAAUAUUGUUAUAACGAUAUAAGUCUGUGUAAGAAUCUCUUCAGCGUGGCAAUUGCGCGAGGGGGAUCUUUGCGACCGCUGGAAAUAAGCUCCAUUUUGAAAUCGUUGCAAAAUAUGAGCUACUACAACAGUUGUUUAUUUGAAGUGUUGGUUGGCAAUAUUAGGAAGAAUUUAAGUCAGUACAAAACGAGUACCCUGAUGGACUGCUUAAAUAGCUUGUCUUAUUUCAACCAUGUGGAUGAUAGGUUGCUCACCAAAUUGUUAGUCACCCUGCCGCGAACGAUCUCGACAUAUACUGCCAACGAUUUCACCAAGCUGAUAUUUUUUAUAAACAAUUUUACGCCAUUCUCAAGUUAUUUUAUUCUCUUCGCAAAUAAGCACAUUUUACUUUUUGCGUCAAGUCUUAGUAUGCUCCAUUUGGUAACCCUUUUGAAAAUUUUCGCUCACCAGAAUUUGAUAAGCCAUCCAAUUCUUCACUUGUUAAAUGUUAAGUUGGAGAAAUUCAUUUCGUCUCACUCGUCGGAGAGCUCUUCGCAAGGCACUUUCAUGGGUGAAUCGCAUCUACAGACCACCAAGCAGGUAACCUUGAGGAACCUCUAUGAAAUUAUUCACAUUACAAACUUCAUGUCAGUGAGGUACCCCCAACUGACGCAUAACUGUUUGGAGAGCAUGUUCGUCCUUCAAAGUGGAUACAAAAAUAUGCACCCGGAAGAAGUCAAAUGUAUGACCUACUGUUGCUGCUACUUCGUGCUGAUUAAUGACAACUAUGGGGAGGCUUCUGCCACCCGGCUUCACAAGUGUAUAAGCGAUUUUUUUUCCUUUCUGGAUUUAUCCUUGAUUGGGGGAACCGAGGAUGAAGAAUCGAAAUGGUACGAAGAGAAGGGGGAUGCCCUCACUAAGGGGCACACCCACUCGAAAAAGAGUUACAAUUUAUCACCCCAGGGGGACUGGAUCAAUGCAUCGAUCGAAAAAAGUGUUACAACGACGUACCGGGAACCAGAUGGCAAAAAAGACAACACGGACGAAGUGAAAAACGGAAUGGGGGUAGACAUCUACGUGAUGAUCAUACGAACGUUCCUCACCGAGUGGAUAUAUCACCGCUCAAGAGACCAAGUGGAAAAUUUUUACAACUUGUGCGGGGAACAUAUGAAGCGCCUUUUUUUCGACGAAAUUGACGCGGUGAGGGAGUCCCACCAUAACGACGGUAUAAACGCGCUUAAGAAGUUGUUUCCCCUGAUGUAUUAUCCACAUGUGAAUAAAGCGCUCUUGAAGCAUGUCCAAAUGAACCGAUAUUUUCUGUCCACCUAUUUUGUGGGGCCCGCUCGGGAGGAGAAAAGCCAACUUAGCCAAAGUGAACACAUCAGGAGAGAAUUUUCGUAUCACCAAAAAUCGCUAAACGAAAUGUACCAAGUUUUGAAAGACCUACCUCAAACGGAUUACAAGUUUAAGCUUGUUAAAAAUGCCAAGGGCAAUUCUGUUUUUCUUUACAUUCACUACAUAUUUGCGAAACGUACUCAGAGGAGAGGCAAAGUAGCCAUCUUAUUUGGAACCCAAAAUUACUACUACACCACGGUGGGAGAAUUGUACACUGGCCUGAAUCCCCCUUCCGCGACCAACCUGCUUAAAGAGAAGCGCCUGACGAAGGUGGCCAUAGCACAGCUGCAGUACUUCAAGCUCUUUUUUGACAGGGUAUAUUUGGUGCCGGCCCACAUAUGGGAAAAUAUACAUCCAGGGGAGAAAAGGCGCUUUUUUGUUACCUUGCUGGAUUUGUAA